UGGUGAGAUAAAACACAUCUGUGGAAGUACAAGAGUAGUCUGAAGUAGAAGCCUUCAUACAGAGCUAAAGUUUGUAUUGUAUUAUAAAAUAAGAUAUCCUCGCCCUAGAUCUGAGCAAAGUUUUUUGGAAGUGUCCAGAUCUGAAGCAAUCUUCUCUGGUUGACUCUUUUGUUGGACGCAUGGGGGUACACUGGAGAGACAUGGGUAUUGUUCUCUUUUCUUGCUUUCUCUGGUUAAGUCUAAUCUUAAACUGUGGCUAUGCAGCUAUAUCUAGAGAAAAUCCUUUGUCAUUCGGACAAACUCUGAGUUCCCCUGGCGGAACUUAUGAGCUAGGAUUCUUCAGUCCUAACAACUCUCAGAAUCAGUAUAUCGGUAUUUGGUUCAAGAAAAUUACACCACGAGUUGUUGUGUGGGUGGCUAACAGAGAAAAGCCUAUCACAAACCCUGUGGCAAACCUCACUAUGAGCGUAAAUGGGAGCCUUAUCUUGCUUGACAGCAGAAACAACGUUGUUUGGUCAACCAAAGAAGCUUCCACAUCUAACAAGUGUCAUGCAGAGCUCAGAGAUACCGGCAAUCUUGUCAUCGUUGAUGAUGUUUCAGGAAGUCCUUUAUGGCAAAGUUUCGAGAAUCUUGGUGACACUAUGCUACCUCUCUCAUCCCUAACGUAUAACAUUGCCACUAAGGAGAAGCGAGUGUUGACUUCUUGGAAAAGUGACACUGAUCCAUCUCCUGGUGAUUUUGUAGUUCAGUUGACUUCACAAGUUCCAGCACAGAUCGUUACUAUGAAAGGCACAAGAGUUUAUAAGAGAAGCGGUCCAUGGGCUAAGACCGUGUUCACUGGCAUACCAAAGAUGGAUGGAUCCUACGCAAGUCCAUUUAGCCUUUUCCAGGAUAUAGGAAGUGGAACAGGGUCCUUCUCUUAUUUACAGAGAAACUCUGGGCUUACACGAGUUAUCAUAACAUCAGAAGGAUAUCUAAAGACUUCUCAUUACAAUGGGACAGGGUGGGUUAUUGACUUUGUGACUCCAGAGAAUUCAUGUGAUCUGUAUGGUACGUGUGGACCUUAUGCGUUGUGUGUGAAGUCAGCUCCAAAGUGUAUAUGCAUGAAAGGGUUUGUACCAAAGUUCAAGGAAGAGUGGAAAAGCGGAAACAUGACUUCUGGAUGUGUGCGGCAUACAGAAUUAUCAUGCAAGGAAGCGAACUCAUCUACAAAGAGACAUGGAAAAGGCCUAGACGCCUUCUAUACUCUGAAAAAUGUAAAGCCUCCGGCUUUCUACGAAUAUGCAAGCUUUGUGGAUGAAGAUAAAUGCCAACAGGGUUGUCUCGAAAACUGCUCUUGCACUGCUUUUGCGUAUAUUACUGGAAUUGGAUGCUUGCUUUGGUACCAGGAGCUAAUAGACACAGUUAGAUAUUCCACUGGAGGAGUCUCUCUCUCAAUUCGUCUUGCAAAUUCAGAACUGGUUGAAAGAAGGACAACCAAGAUUAUUGCUGGUAGUACCUGCCUUUCCAUUUUUGUGGUAUUGGUGUUUGCCUCAUAUAUGUACUGGAGAUACAGAGCCAAACAAAAGGAUUCAUGGAAAAAUGGUUUCGAACAACAAGAAAUCUCUGGUCUAACUUUCUUUGACAUGAAUACCAUACGAGCUGCUACCAACAACUUUAAUGUCUCAAACAAACUCGGUCAAGGUGGAUUUGGUCCAGUUUAUAAGGGAAUUACGGAAGAAAAGAAGGAAAUAGCUGUUAAACGGCUUUCUAGCAGCUCUGGACAAGGAACAGAAGAGUUCAUGAAUGAAAUAAAACUCAUCUCAAAACUACAACACAGAAACUUGGUUCGGCUUUUGGGAUGCUGCAUUGAUGGAGAAGAAAAGCUACUAAUUUAUGAGUUUAUGGUGAACAAAAGCCUCGACUCUUUUAUCUUUGAUAUGACUCUAAAGCUUCAGAUUGAUUGGCCGAAGAGGUUCAACAUCAUUCAAGGUGUUGCCCGUGGGCUUCUCUAUCUCCAUCGUGACUCAUGCCUCAAGGUCAUACACCGAGAUAUGAAGGUCAGCAACAUUCUCUUGGACGAAAAUAUGGACCCAAAAAUAUCAGAUUUCGGAUUGGCUCGGAAGUUUCAAGGAACUCAACAUCAAGACAGUACACGUAGGGUUGUUGGAACGAUAGGAUACAUGUCUCCUGAGUAUGCAUGGACAGGGAUGUUCUCGGAGAAGUCUGACAUAUAUGCCUUCGGAGUUCUGCAGUUAGAAAUCAUAAGUGGGAUGAGGAUUUCAAGCUUUAACUGUGGUGGCCAAGGCAAAACUCUUCUUGAAUAUGCAUGGGAAACUUGGCUUGAGACUGGUGGAGUGGAUCUGUUGGAUGAGGCUAUUGCCAGCUCGUGUUCUCUAGAUGAAGUGGCGAGAUGUGUUCAGAUUGGUCUACUCUGCAUCCAACAGCAAGCUGUUGACAGACCAAACAUUGCACAAGUAGUGUCUAUGAUCACAACCACGACAGAGCUUCCGAGGCCAAAACAACCAGUGUUUGCAGUGCACGUUCAAGAUCAGGAGAGUACCGUCUCGUUGGAGUCUGUGAAUCAUAUGACACAGACUGCGAUGUAUGGGCGCUAAAGUUUCCACUACGCUGAACAGUACAGUGUGGUCACUUCACUUUUAAACACAUGAUGUGGUUUGUGUUUGGUUGUUUAAACACAUUUGAUGUAAAUAAAGUUCAGUUUUUGUUAAUGGAAGCUCUGUUUGACCUCCAA